GGGAAUUCGGGGUAUGUUGCACAAUGGAAACUAGGGCGUACGAAGCUCGACCCCGCAAAGUCGCAAUUUUUCUCGCCCGAUCCUCAUUCCUCGUUUUUUGCACAUACGUCACGUGUAACGGAACGCAUGCGUAACGGACGGAUCGUUGCAACGAGUGCCAUCGUCGACGCGUGUGUAUCUCAAAAUUGGCUGAAAUUCGCCGGCUCUGUGUGCGUCGAGCAAACGAGUCUCAUUUGUUCGCCGCGACGUCGUGAAUUUUCAAUGGUAACGUCAGUCAGACGUGCGUGGCAUGCGGCAUGCAGGCGCGGUCUGUAUGACGUCGACCGGUAGACCGUAGAUCGCUUCCGAUCUCGAAAAUCUGCUUCCCGACAAGCAAGGAUGCUGUGGGUUGUGUCGCACUUACGCUCGUUACCGAUUCACGAUGGUUUAGGCCAAAGCUGUAUGGCAACAGCAUUUCAAAGGUAAAAAGAUGUCCAGGAAGCGUCCCAGAGAAGAAACUAUGAUAGCUACUGCAACCCACCAAGAUAGUAUCAAUGGAGAAAGUCCAUCUUGUUCAAGGGAAGAUUCUCCAGUACAUGCUUCUAUUUGUAAAGAAGCUCCUUUCAGCGAUGAUAUAGAGGCGAUCAUAGAGAGAAAUUCAUGUGAUUACAACAUACAUAUUACUUUAAAGCAAGCGAGGAGUGGUAAAGUUCCUAGAAGAGUAAGAGUCUAUGCUGAUGGUAUUUAUGAUCUUUUCCAUCAAGGACAUGCGCGACAACUUUUACAGGCUAAAAAUAUUUUCCCAAACGUUUAUCUCAUUGUUGGAGUGUGUAAUGAUGAACUUACUCAUAGUAAAAAAGGAAGAACUGUAAUGACAGAUUUAGAAAGGUAUGAUGCUGUUAGGCAUUGUAGAUACGUAGAUGAAGUCGUGCGAGAUGCACCUUGGGAACUUGAUGAUCAAUUUCUUGAGAAACAUAAGAUCGAUUUUGUUGCUCAUGAUGACAUACCCUACAUGACAGAUGAUGGCUCAGACGUCUAUGCGAAGUUAAAAGCUAAAGGUAUGUUUGUAGCUACACAAAGAACGGAAGGAGUGUCUACAUCAGAUAUAGUUGCGAGAAUAGUUAAAGAUUAUGACAUAUAUGUCAGGAGAAAUCUUGCACGUGGUUAUAGUGCAAAGGAACUUAACGUUUCUUUUCUGAACGAGAAAAAAUUCCGUUUACAAAACAAGUUUGAUGACCUAAAAGAUAAAGGAAAACGAGUGAUGGAAAACAUUGGUGAAAAGCGAAUGGAUAUGAUCAGUAAAUGGGAAGAGAAAUCUCGUGACUUCAUCGAUGCUUUUCUUCUGCUCUUUGGAAGAGAAGGCAGAUUGUCAACAAUUUGGAACGAGAGUAAAGGACGUUUGAUGCAAGCAUUAUCUCCACCAGCAAGUCCAAAAAGAGAUGGCAGUCCAAAUAGUAGUAAUAGUAGCAACAAUGAUGAAGAUCAGACAAGUCCACCACCAAAAAAGACAGGACGCUAUGAAUUUUCGCGCAAUAAUCAUUAUCUAAGUGAUGAUUAUAGCGACGAUGAAGAGGAAAACUUACACUCUAAAUGAUAGCCCACUAUAUUAAAGAGACAUGCUCUGACCAAAAGUAUCGUGCAAUUUUCAUUUACUAUUUUGAGGUCUAGAUGUAUUUUCAUACAGCUACAUGAUCUGGUGGUGCAGAGUGUAACUCUAUGCUUAAUAGAUUUUGUAUAGUAUGAACAAAUACUAUACAUUAAACGAAAUUGUCCGUUGUGAUGCGAGUGUUUAGUUCAGUCGCCAGUUUUAUUAUUCAGAUUACGAUAUACACUUAAUUUCGAUAUAGUUUCGAUAAUUCUUCUCUCGUUGCAGUUUAGAACGCAACCAAUAGUUUGAUAAGAACUUGACUUCUCGAGAUUAGCAGUAGUAACAGUAUUUAUUUACUUCAGCUUUUCGCCAAGACUGCGACAUUUGGUUUACAUUUGGUUCUGAUACCUUAGACUCAUACCUUAGACCUCAUACCUUAGACUUCGAAAUUAAGAAAAUAAAAAAAUUUUUUUAUUGGAUUAUCAUCCGAUGCGUCUCUACUUGCAACGUGAAAAUAAAUAUGUCCAAAUUAUAUUGCAAUCCAAUAUGAUGACAUGGAUGGUAGACUAUUUAAAAGGAAUACGAAGUUCGGUGUUGUAUUAUUGUUAUGUUUUGAAAUAUCCUUAAAUUACUUUGUUCCUAUAUUCUAUGAAAUAUAAAAGAAUUAUUUAUUUUAAAUUUGAUACUUUACUAUGAAUAUCGUGAUUUUUGUUCAACAUCUAUUUUUUGUAAAAUAAGCACAAAAGGCUUAUUAAAGUAGUAUUCGUAUUCAUUGUAAAAUAUCAGAACGGGCAUAGAUGUCAGAUUAUAUUUUAUGAUGAAUUUUUUUACUAAGAAUUUUAUAAAAUUGAUCUUGUUCGCAUAAGCAACUUUGUUUAAUCUUUGCAAGUGCAAAUUAAUUUAAUUUUAAGCAAAAAUUUAUAAUUUUUUUUUAUUCCAAGUACAGAAAAUCUAUAAAAUUUACGAAGUAAAUACCUUUAGCUUCAUAGAAAUAUAAAAUUGUGUCGUAUUCCGUAUUAAGUACAAUGCAGAUUAAAAAAAAAAUGAACAUUUAGAAAGUCAGACGCUUAUAUAGAAUCUGUUUUAGCAUAUAUUAGACAUUUAAUAAAAGUUUAACAAAUCACGCUUACAAAUGUAUUAUUUGUUAAACAUAAGUUUCUGUUAUGUGAUAAUUUAUUGAUAUAACAUUAAAUUACCAAUCGCAUUGUAGAAGUAAUUAAUGAAAGAGCUUAAUGUGUAUGAUGAUUCUCGAGGAAACAUCGAAGAUGUAAUAAUAACAGAUAUCGCUAAUUACAACACUAAAAUGUACUCCACAUUUAUGGAGUAUAAUUUUAGUUUUGACGCAUAUUAGCGAAAUAAAAUCAAGCGUGAGCUAAGACGGAUAAAUAUCAAACUUCGGUGCGAAAGAGACACAUAUUUAACCACAGCAAGUUUCUCGUGAUAUGCCGAUGCUGCCUCAGUUUGAUAUAGCGUGCAUUUGAUAUUUAUCGUUGAUCCAAAAAUCCUAAUCUCUAAAGUAUUUUAUGACCGACAUAAAUAUAAAUGCUUUUUCUUCAAAAGAAUGUUACAGAUAAUACACAUUUUAUAGCCAUAUAUGUUCUUACACUUUUUAGAUACAUAAAUUGUUACAUUGCAGAUUGCUUAGUACGCAGAAUUAAUUUUGUAGCGUUUGAAAUUGCAUUUUGAUACUAUAUUUAAUAUUACAAUAGAUCUGUUAUCACGAUUGUAACUUAAUUAGACAUAUUUAUAGAGUUUCUUUAGGGAUCAAACGAAUGUUUUUCUGUAAAAUAUUUAUUUGCACGACAAAUACCGUGCAAUAAGUGAGAAAACUAUAUAUAUCAUUAAUUACAUGUUAUUAUGUAAGUUAUUUAUAUGACUUAAUCGAACGUUCGUAUUUCCCUACAAUGAAAAUGGACACAUGUUUUUGCAAGAUUUGUUCUUCAAGAUUAUUGUAUUAUGAUUUAAUUCUGUAUUUAUAUAUAUAUAUAUACAAUGUGUAUGAUUUACCAUAUUUAUUCUCCAAAUGGCAAUAAA